CUUCAUUCAGGGAAAACCUGACUAUCUUUUCUGUCCAUUUUACAACGACUGCGUUUCCCCGUUUCUAGAACAACGACAAAAAAAACCCUGAAACUUAUGUUACUUCCACACGACUGUUUUUUAUGGGAUUUUUUUGUGAGAAAAGUUUUGUGAUUUCAGCUAUCAUUUCUUCAUCAUCAUCAUCUCUGUCAUUUCAAGAUAAUAAAGCUUGAAGAGAGCAGCUGGAAAAAUGUACUUGGAAAACAACAAAAAGCUGGAAAUGGAACUAACGCAGAAGGCAGCUCAGACUCCGCCAAGUCUGAAUGGGCACAUGAAAGCGGAGUCUGUAGCCAGCAACUAUGGGCAGCUGGGGCUGCUGGAGGGGCUCUCUGGGGUGAGGGAGCCCCAGAGAGAGAGCCAGCAGCUCUACCAGAAUGGAGCAGCUGGGCAGAGUCACUGCGUUGUCUAUGAAGCUGACUUCAGCACAGUCUGUGAAGAGGAGGUUCAGAGCCACAACUCCAACGCGAUCCGAUUCCUCAAGGGCAGAACAAAAGUAAACUCGUUCACAGAGAAAUCUCCGUUACUCAAGCUUUCUUCUCAAGAUAAUGGUGUUCGGUACAUGGCGCUUCAUGACCCAGACUGUACUGAUGGUGAGGAAUCAUGGGAAAGCAGUUCUGCUGAGCUUGAGAAAAGAUGUCGCCUGGGAAGUGAGGUGACCAGUCUCUCCAGAUCAACCUCCUCUGAGAGAUGUGAUCCGCUCGACUCCCUCCAUUGGAACUUCACUCUUUCCAGCAGCUUAAGAUACUGCUUAAGAGUUCUGAAAAUCUCCACGAUUUUCAUCAUUGUAAUGAUCUGCACGGUUUUUUUUAGCACGAAUCCUGACCAUGAAAACCCUUGGCAAAUGCUGUCCGUUUCAUCUGUGGAAAGCUUUGCUGUGAAUCUUACAGAUUUUGUAGAUCACGCCCUUCUAAAACUACAAGUCCGAGGACCUUUUGUUGACAGCGUGGCUGACAGGGAGACAGAAGAAUACAUAGUCAUCCAAGUUGAACAGCUGGAAGAUGUUGGCUUGAGGAGAAGGCGUCCACAGCAGGUAACGUACAACUGGACCAUUCCAUUACAUCCCCAAAGAAUGGAUCAAGUAACGAAGAUGAGAACCUUUGAGAUGCUGAACAGUGUCCCCGUCUCUAUAGGCAUCCAGGCUUUCCUGCAAGACGGUCAGGUUGUUCCUCUCAGUAUGACUCAUCAGUCCAUCUAUGCCAAUGUGGAGACUCAAGUUGUAAUUGCAGCCGUCAUCCUGGCAGGAGUCUAUGUUCUGAUUAUAUUUGAGAUUGUUCACAGGACUCUUGCAGCAAUGCUGGGCUCUCUGGCUGCUUUGUCUGCAUUGGCUGUGAUUGGUGAUAGGCCAAGCCUGGUUACAGUGGUGGAGUGGAUUGAUUAUGGAACCCUUGCGCUAUUGUUUGGCAUGAUGAUUUUGGUGGCAAUAUUUUCAGAAACUGGAUUUUUUGAUUACUGUGCUGUCAAGGCUUACCAGCUCUCCAGGGGAAGGGUGUGGCCCAUGAUUAUCAUUCUCUGUCUCACUGCUGCCAUUCUGUCUGCUUUUCUGGACAAUGUUACCACUAUGCUUCUCUUCACCCCAGUCACAAUAAGGUUGUGCGAGGUGCUUAAUCUAGACCCGAGGCAUGUCCUGAUUGCAGAAGUGAUUUUCACAAACAUUGGAGGAGCUGCCACAGCUGUCGGGGAUCCACCCAACGUGAUCAUUGUCUCAAACCAAGACCUGCAAAAGAAAGGGAUCGAUUUUGCAGCGUUCACAGGGCACAUGUUCCUGGGAGUAACUCUUGUUCUAGUGACGUCCUUUCCAUUCCUGAGGCUGCUUUAUUGGAACAAAAAACUGUACAACAAGGAACCUGGAGAGAUUGUUGAACUAAAGCAUGAAAUCCAUGUGUGGAGACUCACGGCUCAGCGCAUUAACCCUGCCAGUCGUGAAGAGACUGCUGUGAAGUGUCUCUUGAUGCACAAAGUGCUGACUCUGGAGAGCCUGCUGAGGAAGAAGCUGCAAACAUUUCAAAGGCAAAUUUCACAGGAAGAUAAAAAUUGGGAAACUAAUAUUCAAGAACUGCAAAAAAAGCACAGAAUAACAGACACAAUCCUCCUGGUCAAAUGCAUCAGUGUUCUGGGAGUUGUAAUCCUCAUGUUCUUUCUCAAUUCCUUUGUUCCAGGCAUUUAUCUUGAUCUUGGAUGGAUUGCUAUGUUUGGGGCUCUGUGGUUGCUGGUUCUAGCUGACAUUCAGGACUUUGAGAUAAUCCUGCACAGAGUGGAAUGGGCAACCCUCCUCUUCUUCGCUGCACUGUUUGUGCUGAUGGAGGCAUUGGCCCAGCUGCAGCUGAUUGACUACAUUGGAGAGCAGACAGCUGUAUUGAUAAAGGCUGUGCCUGAAGACCAGCGGCUGGCAGUCGCUGUCAUCUUGGUGGUCUGGGUUUCUGCUCUGGCAUCGUCCCUCAUUGACAACAUCCCAUUCACGGCCACAAUGAUCCCUGUGCUCAUUAAUCUAAGUCAGGAUGCCGAUGUGAACUUACCGCUGAAUCCUCUCAUUUAUGCACUUGCAAUGGGAGCUUGUCUUGGAGGGAAUGGGACACUGAUCGGAGCAUCUGCCAAUGUAGUCUGUGCUGGGAUUGCAGAACAGCAUGGGUACGGCUUCUCCUUCAUGGAAUUCUUCAGGCUGGGGUUUCCAAUGAUGCUUGUGUCCACCUCCAUCGGUAUGUGCUAUCUGCUGGUCAUUCACGUUGCACUCGGAUGGAACUCCUAAUUCGCCCACAUGCUUGGACCAAAGAGCUCUGCUUCUGUUUUCAUCGUCGCCAUGAAUAGAGCUUGAUCAAUCACUGGAAAAAAGAGUUUGCAGCUCAGUUUUAAAACGAUGGGCAACCCGACACUUGAUCACGUUCCAACAUACAGUGAUUAAGUGCGCGUGUAAUGCAUGUGUGUGGAAUAACACCACAAGGGAAUGCUCUUUGUUCUAGGAGCACAUUUCAUUUGUAUUAUUUUGUAAACUUGCCUUGCAGCAUUGAAUACUAUCAGAUGCUUGGGAGAUGUUUCACUGUUACAGUUCAUGUUUAGCCCUGGAAAACCUGUUUAUGAUAGAAAUGCUAGCAUAUAUGCUGUGGUUCUGCGGUUACUGAAGAGCUGACAACAAUAAAUGCAUACAAUGUGAA